GAACAAUUGAUGCAGCUAAAUAAGGAAACGUGUUCAAUAUUUAGACCAUUAUGAAAGCCUUCAGACUUUCUAUUGAGUUACAAACUGAAGAGAUGCAGCAUUUCCAGCAACUACUUCGUUUAAGAUGCGGAUCUCUGUUGUUGCUUAGCGUUAAUAAUAGCUUUUCCCUACUGCCUAGUUUUCCUCAAUACUAAUUAUUUUCUCUGCUGUCUCCCCCUCCAUGCCCCCUACUCCCUGCCCCUGUGCUCUCUCACUUGCCUGCACUAAUCCUUUUGUUGUGGGCUGAGGGGCCCAGGCUUUGGCUGACCAUUCGGCACUGUAAGGGCUGGUUCAGCUGAAGGGUGCCCUCCGAGUCCUCCUGUCCUCCACCAGAUCUGGCGGGCCUAUCAUUAACGCCUCUUCUUUUCUAGAAGCUUCCAGCUCUCUCCUCACCUUGAUUUAAAUAUCUCUCUCACUUUGCUUGUUUGUAUGCAUCAUCUUCUCGUUGUCUCAAGCUCUGAGCCAGUCCUGGGAGCUUGACGGGAGUCGGACAGCCUUAGGUAGGAACAUGCACUUCAGGACCACUGCGCCCACUUUGCUGCUGCUUCUUUGUCUGCUGGAGGUGAGAGGGCAGGAGCGGGGGUACCUGCAGGGGGCUCUCAGGGCCUUGGAUCUGCCCCUGGGUGCAGACGACAAUGAGCCACGGCUCCACAAGAACCACACCGGGGUCCUGAUCACCAAGCUCCUCCAGGUGGUACACUGUGCAGAGCAGACUGGAACCUCUCAGGACGGCUGUAACAAGUGCCUGACACCAGAUGUGGCUCUCUCUGUGCUGAAGCAUGAUGGGAAGGCUUACGUCACUGAGGAGGACUAUCAGCGGAUCUCUACUGUUCUGCUGUACUACAUAAUUAACCUGCAAGACCUGUGCGUGUCAAAUGCUGCCUCUCCUUCCUCCUUUUCCUCAGCCUCCUCCUCCUCUUUUGGGAACUAUCAGUUCUACCUUUUGGCCCUAACCAGUCUACACCCAGCUGAGGAUGACCACUUCCUGUCACCCAGUGAAACAGAGAGUAUACUGCAGGUCAUCAACCAGCACUACGACCCCCCCGAUAAAGACGCCUCAUCUGAUUUGCAAUGUUUUGACGCCGCUCGCCUCCUUGAAGAUGUUGACGUAGAAGAAAAAGCAGGUGCUGGUGUGUUUUCUGUGCCCAAACUGGCCGCAUCUAUCAUCAGCCACGUCCUGCAGGGCCACUGUUUCAAACAGAGGAACCUCCCAUCUCCUGCUUUCUUCACUGAAUACAUCUUUCAAUCCCUAAAUCGCACAAGUGAACUGCAGAUAAUGGAUUUAGAAGAGUUGCUUCAUCAGUUGGGAGUGGGACAGGAAACAGCGACGCACUCUCACCACAGGAAGAGGCGGAGUUCACAGAAAGGGGCCAGGCCUCUGCUGGAUGGUUGUCAACAUGAAAAUGGUGGAAUAAGCAGAGACUGGGCACAGGUGUGUUUUUCGGCCAAUCAGCUGGUGGAUAUUUUUGCUCUGAAUCCCCAUUUGCCGAUUUCCAAGGAGCACUUCAGGCAAAUGUGCCCAGCCAUCAUCCAGCAGUUGCUAGGCAAUGCCUGCGAGUCUGCAGAGCAAAAGAGAAGAGGAUCUCUGCCCACUGCUCUCGAGAAGUAUGGCUACAGCACGGUUGCUGUCCUGCUCAUCACGGUGGGCUCCAUGCUCGGUAUCUGCCUGAUCUUCUUCAACUCCUGCCAGGAAACCUACACACUGAUCCUGCAGCUGUUUGUGGGCCUGGCAGUGGGGACCCUCUCAGGAGAUGCACUCCUGCACCUCAUACCACAGAUCCUUGGGCUCCAUGAUGCCGCUCACAGUCACGAUGACGAACACUAUACAGAGGGGAAGGACUAUCUGUGGAGGAUUCUGGGCAUGAUAGCAGGGAUCUACGGCUUUUUCCUUAUUGAAAGAAUCUUCUCCUUUUUUGUUCCCUCUCAUGGCCAUGGUCAUGGUGACCUUGCCUUAGAGCUCAACUGCAACGGCCAGUCACAGAGGGGCAAGUCCAUCUCCACCAUACAGCUGGGACCAGUGGAUGACUUGGAGUGUGCAGAAGCAUCUCCUGAGCAUGUCGACACAAGGAGGCCUUCACAUCAGAGACAAGGGGUUCCUCUGCUGGCUGUGAUGGUAAUCGUGGGAGACAGCCUUCAUAACUUUGCGGAUGGCCUGGUUGUCGGGGCAGCCUUCUCCUCUUCAGCUGAGACUGGCAUGGCGACCACCGUGGCCAUCCUGUGCCACGAGAUACCGCACGAGAUGGGGGACUUUGCAGUGUUGUUGAGCUCUGGACUCUCAGUGAAGACUGCUGUGCUAAUGAACUUUCUCAGCGCUCUGACGGCCUUCAUGGGCCUCUACAUUGGACUGUUUGUUUCCUCGGAUAUGGAAGUGCAGCAGUGGAUCUUUGCUGUUACUGCUGGGAUUUUCCUCUAUCUGUCACUGGUAGAAAUGCUUCCAGAGAUGAGUCGAGUGAAGACGGACAGACCGUGUCUCAUGUUCUUCCUACAGAACCUCGGUCUGUUGAUGGGUUGGGCCUGUCUUCUGCUCCUCGCACUCUUUGAACAUGAACUCACAUUCUAAUGCAGUGUGCGUGACGUAUAUCUCUUCAUGCAGGGUUGAGCUGAAAACAAACUUGUUUUCUAGUGUUUUUUGACUUGAACAUGUUAGUGUGUGCAACCAGGGUGUUUAACUCAUUAUUGGUCAACGAGUGAGUAUUUCAUGAUGUUGUAGUCUCAGCACUGGAUGGUAAAUGUACGUUAGCUGUAUGAUGAAUCCUCCUUUUUUUAUACUUGAUGAUUUAUUUUUGUAUGUUAGGUCUCUGGAUGUUGAAUAGUUUAAACUCUAAUGACCUUAUUUGGCAGAUUCAGGUACAUUUGUGCAUAUCUGUUGUUCUGUGAAAUAUCUACAUCCCCUCAGACAAUCAAAUCAUUUGAUUUUGGAGUCAUGACUCACAAGCAAAAUAUAAAGUAUUGUAAAUCUA